AUGCACUUCUUCAAACUCAUUGUCACCCUUGCCGCCGCCGUCUCUGUCUCAGCCAUUGACAUCCAAAAGCACUUUGGCCAAAACUGCGGCGGCAACUUCCGCGUCUGCAGGGCCAUCGACCCGAACCGCUGCUGCGUCGGCGCCACGGCCGAGAGCGUUCUCUUCCGCUACAUCCCAUCCAACUGGCGCAUCGAGACCCGCGGCUACGACGGCGGCGACUGCCGCAACCGCCGCGCCACCAUCCUCUCGGCCGGCGCCACCUCCGUCUGCAUGCGCUCCGGCGGGUUCCUCUUCACCGGUGCCGGCUACGGCUUCGUGAACCGGAAGAGGGCGCCUCAGGAGGCCGGCGAGGAGACGUGUGCUGCCGGAGAAGGCGAGGGGCAGGAGGGGCAAAAGUGCGAGUCUAGCCAGGAACCUGAUACUCUGGUUCUUGUUGAUGGGUCCGAGUAUAAUCUUGUUGGUCUUGAGGCCGACAAGCUUGACAGACUGUAUGCGCUUUCAAGAAUCUUUCCCCUUGCGUUCUGA